CAGUGCGUGCAGCACGACCGAGCGCCGGAGCAUCCUGCCGUCCUGAUAAGACAAGAUGUCGUCCUCCUCGCCCGCCUCGUCCGUCGAGGUCAACGAAAAAGCCCAACAGCAAUUGAAGGAGCAAAACACUCACGAUGCGAUCGACGGCAUGGCUGUCUCCGAACAGACCAAGCAAGGCUUGAGGAGCGGCAUGCAUGGUCCGCCCAAAUUCUCUAUCAAGCAACUCUUUUCGCCACCGGUCAUCAACCCGACGAACUUGAAAUCGCAGACCCUUUGUAUCUUCCAUCCUAACCGAUACGCGCUAGCGUUCCACUUGUCCUGGCUGGGCUUCUUCGUCGCUUUCCUGUCCUGGUUCGCAUUCCCGCCGCUGAUUCCGGAGAUUAUCCGAACCGACCUCAAGCUAACUGCCAUCGACGUUGCCAACAGCAACAUUGUCUCGCUGAGCGCAACCCUCGGUGUCCGAUGGAUCGUAGGACCGUUUGUCGACAGAUUUGGACCUCGAUACGUCAUGGCGUCUCUGCUUAUCAUUGGCGCCAUCCCAUCCGGCCUAGCCGGCACUGCGCACAACGCUCACACGCUCUACGUUCUGCGAUUCUUCAUCGGUAUCCUCGGUGGUACCUUUGUUCCUUGCCAAGCCUGGACGACUUGCUUCUUCGACAAGAACGUCGUCGGUACCGCUAAUGCGCUCGUCGGAGGUUGGGGUAAUGCUGGCGGUGGCGCCACCUUUGCUAUCAUGGUCGCGCUCUACACGCGUCUGCUCAAGGACACGACGCCCCAUGUCGCAUGGCGUGCUGCUUUUGCUGCAGUCCCUGUUCCGGUGCUCUUCUUCGUCGCUGCUCUCACGCUCAUCUUCGGACCCGACCACCCUGCCGGCAAAUGGUCGCAGCGACACACCACGCCUGCAUCCGCCAUUGCGAUGAAGCACGGUCAUCAGCCACAGCUUGACCACUCUGAGCGUGCUGUCAUCGAGAACAAGAUGACGACCGACAAGGAAGCUCAACCCGGCGUCCAAGUCAGACCAGCUGACGCAGAAGAGGAAGCCGAGAUGGAGGCAAAUGUCAAGUCCGAGGUCGAUAUCGCGGUCAAUGAAAAGCUCACAAUGAAGAGCUUUGUUACCAUCAUCUCCGACCCCUUGACAUGGCUACCUGCAGUGUCAUACUUGACCUCGUUCGGCGCGGAGCUGUUCGUCGACUCCAAUGUCGCAAACAUCAUCUUUGCCAUCUUCAAGACCACCUCGUUCACCAGCAUUACAGCAGGUUACUGGACAUCGUCAUAUGGUCUGCUCAACAUUAUCACUCGUCCUCUUGGCGGUCUAGCGGGCGAUCUUAUCUAUCGCAAGUUCGGCGUUGCCGGCAAAAAGUAUCUCAUGCUUGGUCUGGGCAUGGCGAACGGCCUCGUCUUCAUUGGUCUUGGCCAAUACUUGAAGCAUCAUCCUACCAUCGCUCGCGGCGCACAUCUGCCGACCUUCAUGGGCCUAUUGCUGCUGAGUGCCAUCUUUGACGAGAUGGGCAACGGUGCCGCGUUCGCACUCGUACCUCACACUGCUGUACGCAACAACGGUCUCCAAUCUGGUCUCGUCGGUGGCAUGGGCAAUCUCGGCGGCAUCUUCUUCAAUCUGGUCAUUCGGUACCAGACAGAGACGGGCAAGGCGAUCUGGAUCAUCGGCAUCGUCGUCCUCAUUGCCAACGCGAUCCUGUUGCCCAUCAAGACGCCAAAAUAUUAGAUCCUUGGUCAUCUAGAGUGGAAUAUAUGUCUUGUCGGAUUGUACGCUUGGAUAUUUAAUGCAUCAGCAAACGUUACACAGAGA